CCGCUCCAAGAUGCUUCUGGUUUCCCCGCGGGUAGAAGCACCACGCAUGGAGCCGCACAUUUCAGGAUCCAUUAAGAGAAAGCUGGAAGAUGACAGUUCUCCAGCCUCCCACACCAUGCCUGACGUCAUCUUCUCAAGUGACAAUAAGAGACUCUGCCUGGAUGAUGUCACUCUUUCUAUGGGACAAGGGACCAAUACUGUGUCAUGCCCAGAUAUGCAGCGCUCUCCGUUCUCCACCAAUCACGGGGCAGGCUCUAUGGGCGUGGCAGGGCAUGGAAUGCUGAUUGAAAACAAUCACAUGAACGGGAGUGGUGGCAUAGAGUCUCCAUUUUCAGUACCACCUAAUGCUGAAGUAGGACAGAAGGGGCCCAUAGGUGGUCAUUACGACGAGAAAGGGAGUAACUUACAUUCAGUGGACCAGGAGCUGCAAGACCUGUUAGAAGAGCUGACAAAAAUGCCCGAUCCUUCCCCCAACGAGUUGGACCUUGAGAAGAUAUUGGGAAACAAACCCGAGGAGCCCCUUGGGAAUCUCAGCCACCCGCAGCCAACCAUAAACAACACUCCAAAGUCCUCUCCACAGGCUCCGCACUUGGACAACCACAUGCCCAACAAAGACUUUUCUCCCGGGUGCAACCCUACAAGUAGUGGGUCACCCCAAAUGAGACCUUCAUCAGCUGGAGCAAGCUAUCCAGUUCCGUCCCAAAAUAAGACCGUUGCUUCACCCAUUUCUUCAACUGCUCAGAACAAGAGCCAAGCUCAGUCUAUGCUCCCAGGACCUUUACCCAACAUGACUGGUCCUAAUUGGCAUGCUCAGCAACUAAAACAGCUGGCAGCCAGCAAACACGCCCCAACUUCCAAGCACCAGGCUCCUAGCUGGCCUGCCAUCUCUUCUCAAGGCCUCUCCCCUCCUUACCGGCAAGGCUCUUCCCCUCACCACCAGCCGUUCAGCCCUCAAAACGUCAUGGUGUCUGGUAUGAGCUCCAACAGCUUGCCGGGAGGCAAUAUCCAAAGCCCUCAAAACUCCUUGCUCUCGAGUAUAACGUCCAAUAGCAAUCCAUCCGGUGGUCCGUCGCCUCCUUUUGGGGCCGAGAAGCUUUCCAGUCCAGUUCUCAACCAGCAGCCGUUCAGCCCUCCAAAUCCCAUCCUUCCCAACCUAAAUGCCACCAGCAUUCCCACCAACAGCAUCAAAAGCCCGCAAAACAACCUGGUGCCUACGAAUACGGGACCCUCCCCGCCCUACAGGCCAGAGAAGCUUUCCAGUCCUGCGCUGCAUCAACAGCCCUUUAGCCCUCAAAAUACCUUAAUUCCCAACAUCACUCCCAACAGCAACCCAACAAGUAUGCAGAGCUCUCUCUUCAAAUCCAUGUCGGCAUCCCAGUCCAAAAACAUGAACAUUAUAAUGCAGCAGUCCUCCAACGGCAUGCAGCCCAGCUUGGUGAGCGAAGGCCCUGUGGCCCAAGACCAGUUUUCUUUCAGUAACACCAAGCCACUGACCCACUUCAGUUCUGACCCCGCAACUCCUCAGAAGAUGUCGCAGAUGACUUCAGGCUCUGGCCAGCAAUCGCUCAUCCACUAUCUCCAGCAGCAGCAGCAGCAGCAGCAGCAGCAACAAGCAGCAGCAGCAGUGUCUUCACAGCAGUCCCAGCAAGUUAACAACAGCCAAUUCAUCCAGCAGCAGCUGCGCCAGCUCAUGCAGCCCUCGCGGAUGCAGCGGCACGUGCAGCCGCCUCCGUUGCCAUCGCAAGCGCGACAGGACCAAACGCCGGGGAUUGUUGCCAGACUUCAGGAGCCAGGCGCGGUCCCAAAUGCAGGUUCGGUGCCUGCUCCAGCCUCAGCCAUGGUGAACGGUUAUACCAUGAGGAACCAUCUACUAAAGCAGCAGAUCAUAAGGCGGCAGCAGCAGCUACAGGAGAAGCAGAGGCACAGCAUGAUGGCAGCUGAGCAGAGGGCUCCUUUUGUGGGACAGCAGAUGAAUCCGUUUCCAGCGGUUUCCCAGCCCAUGUCGACGGACUGCGGCCAGCCCAUGCCGACGCCAGCCCCCAACCAGCAGCGCAUGAUGGCGUCAGCCCAGGGCAUCCUGCAGAACGCCUUGGGCUCUGGGCUCGCGCCUGCCGCUGUGGGCCAGAGCAGCGGGGCCAUGGUGAUGGUUUCACACAACCCCAGCAAGCAGCCGGGAAUGUUCCCCCCAAACUCUGACUUCAGCCUCCCGCUGCGCCCGAGCCAAUCCUCUCUGGGCCUGAACUCCGGGUGCCAAACCGUUCACAGCCACCCCGCGGCUCGGCCAGGCAUGCCACUGUCCGGCUUUGCUGCCGGGUCCUUAGUGAACCACGCUUCCGCCCAGCAGCACUUGAGGCAGCCGGCGAUGCCAAGGAUUCCUAACGUCUACGCCAACGCCUCUGCUCAGAUGUGGACGCCAACAGGAGUCCCUCGGAUGCCAAGUCAGAGCCAGAUGGACGCCAGCAUGCAGCAGUUCGCCAGUAACCCUCUCUUCUCAAAGCAGGGCCCGAGGCCCAGCAUCCCUGGCCAGCCGUUUUCCCAUCAGCCCGUGGUGCCACCCAAUCAGAUCGCUCCCGGGGUCCAGGCCAGGCCAAUGCAAAAAGUGAGCCUUGGACAGCCCGGCCAGAGCAUGGCCCCUCUGAAUAACCAGAACCUGAGACACAAUUUGACCAGAGGGCCUUUGCCGGCUGCAAUGAAUGUCAUGAAAUCGAUGCCGCAAGGCAUGUCUGGUUUUAACCAGCUCAGUCCCGCCCAAGCGGUCGGCCCGCCCAGUUACCCUGGCUCUGCCGGCCAGUUGUCAGGAACGUUCAACAGAAUGAAUGCCCCCUCCGAACUGCCACCGCAGUAUGACUUUGGAGCCCAGCAGAACAGCCCCAGUUUGCCCGGGAACUGCAGCGAGGCUGACUUUAUUGACUGCCUUAUGAAGAAUAGCGGUAGCGGCAGCACGGAUGAAGACUGGCUAAAUAACUUGACAAUGAUCGAUGACAUUUUGGGGCAGCAUGUUCAAAGCUCUGGACACGUGUGAUCCUGGAGGGAAGCGGAUGGCUAUGUAAAUAAUUUGUGCGGGACUUGAACCGAGAAACAUUUACACACCUACCCGAAUCCUCCCCUUCUUUCGGUGUUGAAAGAACGCGCCUGCCCCACUGACCCUCCACCUCCCUCCCGGGUUUUUCAAACGGCUGUGUAUAUAUUUGAAUACUUUGUAAAUUAUGUUUUCCUAAACAUUAUAUAUGGAAGUAUUUAUACUUCUUUGCUGGACUCUUUGUAAAUAACGUAUAGGCUACUCUGCUCUCUCUUUCUUUUUCUUUUAUUAUAGGAAUUGAAUUACAACUUGUUCUAAAUAUGCAAAUAUUAUUGUUAGUUUCAGUAAUACUGUGUAUUACAGCAUCAACUAUUUUAUGUUUUUGACAUAACAUAUGAACUAAGGGUGUCAUUGGCAAACGGAAUAAACAGGAAGCAAGGUCUGUAAUAGCCCCUACCUCCCCACGCCUGCGGCCUCUCCACCCCUCCAGCGCAGAUUUUAAUACGACGGAUCAACUGAAUUAAAUAUCCACUUUGAUCCAGCCAACAGUAAUGAUCACCACCAGGCCCAGGCAAGUUGCUUUAUAACGUAGCUCAUUGUGGCUGGACUGAAGGUGCCAGCGGACCUUACACUGUCCUUUUGUUCUCGCUGUUGCUGCUUUGACUCAGGGCUGCCUCACACACUGUGUGUUCUCACUGAAUGAUGACAGCAUCAGUACUACCCUAUGGUUUAUUUAACCCAAUGCGUUGUUGAAUUCUGGGCUGCCAUCUUGUGUGAACCCAGCUGCACUAACAAAUGGUUAACAAAUGGUUUGUUAAUCAGGAACAACCCAGAAAGAGAACCCAUGGUUAUUUGUUGGGUUAUGAACACUGGGUUGUUUAAAUCAUAGAUUGUCAUACAUAUGAAUCCAGAACCAUGGGUUGUUUGUCCAGGUUACAGAAGCAGCAGGCGAGAAGGGUAAAAAAAAAACACCCUAAGCUGCUUUACAUGCCAGUACUACAGCGCCACAAAGGCAUUUGAAAUACAGGGUGGGAAAGGAGGAAGGAAACAACCCAGGAAUUGCAAAAAUAAAUCAUGGUUUGUUCAAUCGUCUGCCAGACAAACCCUGGAUAGGGAAACAAACUAUGGGUUAAUCAUGGGUUAGCAUUAUGUGUGAACCAGGUCGCUGUUUGUCAGUAGUGUCAGUUUAUGCAUUCAGCUACCAGUCAUCCAGUAAUGAGUAAUCAAGCAAUGAUGUACAUGCUUGUGUGAGCCAGCCCAUGGAGUAAUAAGAUGGUCAGCCUAAGAAAUGUGACAAUAUCAAUCAAGUGCUAGCGUGUGAGGUUUUCUACCCCAGAAGAGCCUGCAAUGAUGGGUCUUACCUUUCAGUGAUUAAAACCCUUUCCUGGUUUGCCCACCUCGACAAUGUAUAUUUUUAGUGUACAGGUGAUAUGUUCCUGGUUCUAAACAAUUUUCGCAUUUUCUUCUUUGUUUUUAAUAUCUCUCUUUUUCUCUCCUCCCAGAGAAAAUGUCUAUAAAACGCAAAUAGCUUAACUUUGGAUGUUUUUUCUGUCAUAUGUAUAUUUAAGAGUCUGUUUAUAAAAGAAAUCCAUUGUACUGUAAACUUCUUCAAAAUGUUCAUACUUUGUGUAAUCAUAUUUUAAUAGCCACGUCAUCCUUCAUUUGUAAGAUAACGUCUACUUCAAGCACACCAAGAUGUUUUUUCCUUCAUACCAUAAUAAACU